AUGGGUUUCCAAUUGACCGCGUUGGCGUUUUGGGCGCGAACCCCCGAAAGCCGAAAGCCGAAGAGAGCUGACGAGCCAGCGAAGAAAGCUGUCAGAGAGGGAGACGAGCAGGGCAAGAUCACCGGAACCAUGAGAGCCUGGCGCUCGUGCGCAGUGUCCAUGCUAGCCUCGGCGUCGUACUCGGCCCGGGCUUUCGUCCCUUCCGCGAGCUUCCGCGGUACUCCGCUGCUUUCGCGCAGCCUGCUGCGGCGUCCCGUUCACUCGAGCAGCUCAUGUGCCGGCAACGGCGGCGUUGUUCCGGCACAUCGGCGUGGGGUGUGGGUCGUUCAGAGGCGCGGUGAGGGGCCGGCAGGAGUAUGGCAGCAGGGAGGCCGGGUGCGACUGCUGACGAGGAUGUCUAGCAGCGGUAGCGCGGUGCAGGAGCCCGAAGGAGUCGGGGAUCAGCAGCAGCAAUGGAGUGUGACUAAGGUUCGGCAGACGUUCAUUGACCAUUUCAAGUCCAAGCGGGAGCACACCUUUUACCCGUCUUCGCCGGUGGUACCCGUGAACGACCCGUCUCUUCUCUUCGCCAACGCCGGGAUGAACCAGUUCAAGCCGGUGUUCUUGGGGCAGACCGACCCGUCGAGCCCGCUCGCCGGGCUCAAGAGGGCGGUCAACAGCCAGAAGUGCAUCCGCGCGGGCGGCAAGCACAACGACCUAGACGACGUGGGCAGGGACGUUUACCACCACACGUUCUUCGAGAUGCUGGGUACCUGGAGCUUCGGCGACUACUUUAAGGAGGAAGCCGUGGAGUGGGGCUUCGAGGCCCUGAACGAGGUCUUCGGCCUCCCUGCCGACCGCCUGUACGCCACCUACUUCGGCGGCGACGAAGAGCUCGGCCUGGCCCCCGACCUGGAGACGAGAGACCUCUGGCUCAAGGUCUUGCCCGAGGACAGGGUGAUGCCCGGCGACCGCAAGGAUAACUUUUGGGAGAUGGGCGAUGUCGGGCCCUGCGGCCCGUGCUCCGAGCUCCACUUCGAUCGGAUCGGGGGGCGGAACGCGGCCAGCCUCGUGAACAUGGACGACCCGGACGUGAUCGAGAUCUGGAACCUUGUCUUCAUGCAGUUCAACCGGGACGAAGCAGGCAACCUGAAGCUACUUCCGGCGAAGCACGUUGACACCGGCUUGGGUCUCGAAAGGCUCGUGUCCAUUCUGCAGGACAAGCGGUCUAACUACGACACAGACGUCUUUGGCCCCCUGUUCGACGCGAUCCAAGACGUGACCGGUUGCCCCCCUUACGAGGGCAAAGUAGGCGACGAAGACGUUGGCCUCAAGGAUACUGCCUACAGGGUUGUUGCAGACCACGCGCGAGCACUGUCCUUCGCCAUCACGGACGGCGCCGUGCCUGCCAACGAUGGCCGGGGCUACGUGCUGCGGCGGAUCCUGAGGAGGGCGGUCCGGUACGGCCAGGACGUGCUCAAGGCCCCGCCGGGAUUCUUUCAGAAGAUCGUGCCGGUGGUGGUGGCGGAGUUCGGAGACAUGUACCCGGAGUUGCGAGAAAAGGAGGCCUUCGUCAUGGAGAUCAUCAAGGAGGAGGAAGAGGCCUUCAGCUCUAUGCUGGAGAGAGGCAUCAAGCACUUCAAGGAAGUGGAGGAGGAGCAGAGGGGCAAGUCGUCCAACACCAUCCCGGGUGACACGGCCUUCUUCCUGUACGACUCCAUGGGGUUCCCGCUGGACCUCACACAGGUCAUGGCCGAGGAGGUGGGCAUGACGGUGGACGAAGAAGGGUUUGCGAACGAGAUGGCUGCCCAGAAGGCCAGGUCUAAGGAGGCAGAGGCCGCCCGAAGGGCGGCUGGGGCAGGUGUCCGCGCCAUGGCUCUUGGUGCAGACGAAACGUCGCGGCUGGCGGAGGAGGGGGUAAAGCCCACCGACGAUGAGGCGAAGUACACGUGGAGCACGACUACCGGUAAUAAGGUGGUGGCGUUGUUCGACGGAGAAACUCUUUCCACGACUGCCUCGCAAAGCGGCGGAACCGCUGCCGCUUCAUCCGAUGACGCGACCACGGUAGGAAUUCUCCUCGAUUCGACCCCAUUCUACUCCGAGGCCGGGGGCCAGGUUUCGGACAGCGGGAAACUCGUCGUUUCCGCGGGGGGGGAGGAUGGCGACGACGGCGUGAUCGAGGUGGCGGACGUGAGGAUGUUCGGAGGGUUCGCGCUUCACGUAGGGCGGCUCGUGUCGGGAAGUUUGAGCGUCGGCGACUCUGUUCGGUGCGAGGUCGACUACGACAGGCGGAGGAAGGUGGCCCCAAACCACACCAUGACGCACGCGCUCAACUACGCUCUCAGGAAGGCUGUCGACGAAGGGGUGGAUCAGAAGGGCUCCUUGGUCACGGACGAAAAACUCAGGUUCGACUUUAGCCACGGAAAGGCUCUGACCGGUCCUCAGCUAGAGGAGUCGGAGGCCAUCGUCCAGCGUAUCAUCCAGGAAGAGAAAGAGGUCUACAACCAGGUGUUGCCGCUUUCCGAAGCAAAGUCUAUCUUCGGCCUGAGAGCCGUAUUCGGAGAAGUGUACCCCGACCCUGUCAGAGUGGUAUCGGUGGGAUUUCCGGUGGAGGAUAUGGCGAAGGACCCUAGUCGAGAAGAGUGGGCGACCUCGUCGGUGGAGUUCUGCGGCGGAACCCACGUGGGAAACACGAGAGAGGCGGAGGCUUUCGUCAUUACUGAGGAGACGGCUGUCGCCAAAGGGGUCAGACGGAUCACGGCAAUAACGGGGUCUGCUGCGAAGGAGGCGGUGGCGGCGGGGGAGGUGCUGAAACUGCGCGCGGAGGAGGUUUCGUCGCUGAAAGGUGGCGAGCUAGAAGGCGCCGUGGCAUCCUUCAGGCGAGACGUUGACGGAGCAACCCUCUCGGCCGGGGUGAAGGGCAGGCUGCGGGCGCAGGGGGACAAGCUGCUCAAGAGGGUCGCGGCCGAGAGCAAGGCGGCUGCCGCGGCUGCCGCACAGAGCGGGGUUGAUGCUGCGGUGAAGGCGGCAAAACAGGCGGUCGAGGAGGGGAAGACCUGGGUCGUCAUGGAUGUGGCCAUCGGGGCGGACUCGAAGGCCGUGAAGCGAGUCCUCGACGGAGUUUCUAAGGUCGCGCCGGGGCUUUCUUUCAUGGGCUUUAGCGCCGAGGGACCCGGGGCCACGGGAAAACUCCUGGUUUUCAGCGCCGUGGCAGGGGCUGCGGCAGAGGGCGGGCUUAAGGCGGACGAGUGGCUUCGUUCUUCGCUCGCGGCUUGCGGGGGCCGGGGAGGGGGGAGACCGACUUCGGCACAGGGCCAGGCGCCUGAUGCUGGAGAAAUGGACAAGGGCAUGGCCGCUGCUAUCGCGUUUCUGGACGAGAAGACCGGCUAA